ACAUUUCCUUUAUCGUCGUGUGAAAACCGUCGAGAGAGCGAUUAGACUUAGGUAUAACGUAUCUAGUUCAACACACCUGACAAUGACGGGCGAAAUUUCACUAGUGCGUUAGCUGUCGUCGGAGUGGGACAACGCUACUCCCUCUGCAAUACCUGAGCGUCCAAGCCAGCUAGUAACUCCCCUACUGUUUGUCAUGGCUGCCGACGAGUCCCGGCCUCGCUUCACGCUAUACUAUGUACCCCCAUCAUACUAUUCUCAAAAGGUCCUGAUGGCUCUGUAUGAGAAAGGAGAGCUGUUUACAGAGAGGUUGGUGAACUUAGGGAAAGGAGAGGGGACAGCCAAGUGGUAUAUGGAGAUCAACCCCGCGGGACAGGUGCCCGUUCUGGGGGACAGGGGCAAGCUGAUACCCGAGUCCGAAGACAUUAUCGAAUACAUCGACAGGGAGAUUCCACAUGAACCCAUCCUAGUGCCAUCGCCAGACACAGAUCUUGGAAAGAAUGUGGAAAAAUUCCGAAAAUUGAUAAAGCAGACCCCCGUGGAGAUCCUUACUCACGGACUGUGGUACAAUCCUGAGAUGUCCCCGGGGGGCAUGGCAUCCCCCAGAGAUAAGGCAGGAUGGGACGAGUAUUUCAUACAACAAGAGGCUAAACUGACUCGAAUGGCGGAAGAACAGGGCCAUUUAAAAGAAGCCUACCUAAAAAAAGCAGCUGACGUCAAGGCCAGGUCAGAGCUCGUGAGAGACACCUCACGAAUCCAGGCCGCCAUUGAAACCAUACAUCCGGUGUUAGACGAAGUUGAAGAACAGCUGACCAGGGCGAAGCAGGGUGCGGAAGGUGAAACCUGGCUGUUAGGGCGUGGCUUCACGGCAGCUGACAUCAACCUGGCGGUUCUGCUGAAGAGACUGACGAAGCUGGGUCUCUUCUCCAUCUAUUGCUCCCAAAACAAGCGGCAGUCGCUGUGGCACUACUGGGAGAGGGUACAGAAGAGGCUGCCCUUCCUUAAGAUCACAGAACUCGAGAACAACUAUUCCAAGAGCUUGCAGAAAUGACGAACAGUAAUACACAACAGGGUCCUCGGUCAAGUAUGUGUUGGAAAGAUACAUCCUCAAGGAUGUUAAUCAAUGGCCGAACAUAUUUAGACAUUGGGAAUGUACAUUUUGUUUUUGUUGUUGUUGAUUCGACUCGAGGAACACUUAUUUUGGUACAGUUGACAAGACGUUGAUCAACAUAACUGUAAAUUACAACACGACUCCCGUGAAACCAGUUGGUUGGGGCCGUACGCUACAGUGAAAUAAUGAAGGGAACUGUAUGUAUAUCUGUUGUUGUAACGUUACGUUAACGAUAUAUUAAUAUUUCAAACAGUAUAAUAUCAUAUGACAGUAACAUUUCGCUAUUAUAUCGGGUUGGCAAAGAAAUUACAUAUCAAAACUGAUACAAAGCAUAUUAAGUGAUAAAUACAACCAUAUACAAUGUAUGUAUGUCUAGUAUAUUUUACUUCCUGAAAGGGAUUAUUCAAUUCGGUUUUGUAGCAGACUUAUCAUUCUUAUUUAAUCUACUAAUAAUAAAUAUUUUUGUUGGAACUCUUAAGUCAUUCCCCUUCAUGAAAGAAUGAGAACGAUGUAAAAUUAUGACCUUGUUAUCGUGCUCUAUAAGUGAGUCUGUAUUUUAUCAGUUGAAGCACCGUAGACUACAAUAAAGUUGCCAGUAAUUUA